CUUCAGUAUCGUUUUACUGCUGAUUCUCGGUGGAUGUGGUGGAUGUUCAAGAGCCGGUGGUGUUUUUUUUACGAAUUGUGGUGUGCAGUUUUUCGCGGUUGACAAUUUUACAAGUUUCGUGAGAAGCCCAGCACGCGCGGGUUUUCUUUGGUGUGUUGUGCGAAAAAAUUCAUGCUUUGGAAACUAUUCAUCCAACGCAAUAUAGAUAGUUGGUUCUGUAUACGAUUUUGUGGAUAGCGGAAGAUAAGUGUGAAGUGUUUUCUUGUAAAAGUAUUUGUGCUAAUUUUUUAAUAGUUCCGUGAAACAUUGCCCGUUUCGUGCAUUCGUGAAGCAAGUGUUUUGAGGUUCCACAUACCUGUUCCCUGAGAUACACCACCACCAUCAGCAGCUACCAACCGGCAUCGCAAUUUUCAAUGGCAACCUCGAAUGGCUUCGAAUCGAGACCUGGAGAAAAACACCUCCCCGUGCUACGUCAUAAUCUUGCCAGACAAGAGUUCUCAUCAAUUUGCCUGCCGUCCGUUGAAUAAUAGUGAAUCGGACUGAACGGUCGGGUUUAGAGGGUAAAGGCAACCGAAGGGUAGCAGCCGGGUGUAGGAGGUUGCUAUUUUCUGCAGCAUCAUCUCAUCCGUCGUGCGAUGGCAUUUGCCGUGGAGCCGGUCGGCGUGGCGUUGUUGUAGUUGUUGAUUUAGGAUUUGACACAAUGACCAAACCAAUUAGCUCUUCUAUACCCUCCGUGCGGUGAAGUUAUGUCCCCUCGUUAUCACAACCUUAGUGCUGUCGUAACGGCAUGCGGAAAAGAAGAAUCAAAUGACGUUCCCCGCCGCCAGUAGUGCCUGCUUCUUCUUCGUCAGCUGCUAUCGGUUCGGUAGAAGAAUAGAUGUGAUAAUUUCCAGUGUACUCUCAGUGACCACCCAGAAAAAAAUCUAGCUGUGAAAAAAGGUGUGGAGAGCGAAAGUAUCGUGCAAUUCUGCCUGCCGGUACAGAGAACUGACACCCGGUGGCAACGUCCCCCCCCUGCAAGGCCCCCAGCGUUCGUGAUAUCCCCACAAUGAAGUGGAACAAGAAGCCGAAACAGUCGAUAGCGAGUGUCACAUCAAUGUCAUUUUUGUCGGAUGAAAAUCUGACAUUUCAUCGUUUUUCCGAUGGCACAAUCUCAUUCACUUCCGAGCGGAAAAAGUCCGCCGAAGCAGCUGCAGCCGGUUUCGGAAAUGGUGCUGGGCUUCCGAUCCGUUCGGGACCGGCACUUUCGAUUGACCGGUUAGCCCAUCGGAAGCAAUCGUUUAAACCUGUUUCGCCCAACCCGAUCUGGACCACGCAUACAGCGUUCAACAAUUACACCAGUAAUGCCAUUGCCAACAGCAACCACGCUGCUGGUAGCAUCAUCGACAACAACAACGCCAGUACAACAACGGCCGGCAUUCCGACCGCCAACGAUCUGCGGUAUCUGUCAUCGCCAACCAACGCCAACAACACCAGUGUGCUGCAGAACGGAUCCACCGUGAAGCUCCUGUCAACCAAAGUCACCUCCCAGAACAAUGUAGCCGCCGAGAGCGAUGAUCAGUCAAACAAACAGUCAAGAUCAUCGAUAUUCCGCGGCGUUAUACUAUGCCUCUGCCUGAACCUGACCUACGCCAAUGUGGCCCGUUUCCCGCGAGAGCUGCAGCAGCACGGAACGGCCUUUCUCGUGCCCUACGUCAUCAUGCUGCUGCUGGUCGGCUUGCCAGUGGUGCUGCUGGAAAUUUCCCUGGGCCAGUUUCUCGGGCAAGGAUCGGCGCACAUGUGGCGCGCGGCGCCAUUCCUCAAAGGUGCCAGUCUGGUUGGUCGCAUAGCUUCGUGGUUGGCGGCGAUCUGGACCUCGAUGCAGUCGGUGAUUGCACUGCUCUACGUUGGAAUGUUGUCAUUCAAAUCUGUGCCAUUCAGAGAAUGCAGUAAGGUAGCCGCCAUUAACCAGCAGUCCAUUCAUAACGGUUACGAUGUCGAACCCAAUAGCGGACAGGAAUGUUUGAAAUUAACAUUCCUACGUCCGGUGUGGCGAAGUUCUCUGUACUUUGGAUUACUAGCUUUGAGUUUGAUUCUUUUGUGGGUCAUUUCGAUGGUGUGCACACACAGUGCAAAAAUCAAUCGACGAUCCAUCUACCUAUUCGGGUUUUUGGCACUGAUUCUGCUAGUGUUCGAGACCGGCUGGGAGGUGACGAAGUCAAUUAACGGAAGUUACUUGCCCGAGCUUUGGCCAUUCUAUCCGGAAUCGUUUGCGGACAGUACUCUGUGGUUCAACGCGCUGGUACAGGUGAUCUAUUCGUUGAACAUCGGUAUCGGUGCGAUUCCGGUAAUCACAGGCAAAUUUUUGUAUAAAGGAGAUGCUAUCAAAACAUCAUUCGUGUACUUGUUCUUCAACUUACUCAUCACAGUGAUCGCUGCCCUGUUUUACGUGUUCCAGUUCCAUGACACUGCUAACGAUCCUCACCUUCUGUACCCCGAGCUGACUCCGCUGACGAUAAUUUACGAUCACGCAGUGAUGGUACGCGAAACGGAUCCGCUACUGCAACAGCUGAUCCCUGCCCUAUCGUAUGGACUGCUGUUUAUUUCUUCGAUCAUUUCUAUUACUGUCUAUGUCUACACUUCGACGCGAAUGAUACGGAAACAUCCGAACUAUACUGUGUGUCUAGCUGGUCUAGUUGUCGCAAUAGCCGGUCUAUUGUGUCCAAACUACAUAUUUCCUCGUAUCCUGGACACGCGGAUCGUCGGAUCGUUGAUAGUGUGUGCAAUGAUCUUCGAAAUCAUUCUAAUCAUUUGGGUGUAUGGCUCGAAGAAUUUAUAUACGGAUCUGGAAUUUUCACUGGGGCGACCCGUACUGAAGGCAUGGUUGUUUAUCUGGGGUAUUAUCCCUGUGCUGCUAAUUGCAAUCCUGUCUUGGUGGUCAAUUACUUACUACGAUAAUGAUUUGCUGAUUGAUUUCUUCCCCAAGUGGCUUCCGGUGGUUUUUAGUUUAGGUGUCAUUAUGCUGCUAGCCUGUGUUGAGAUCAGCAAACAGGUAGAUUAUAACAUUUUCAGUAUGAUUCAUGGUGCUACAAAACCAUCUAAGGAUUGGGGACCGGCAGAUCCGUUGGUUCGCCAUGCAUGGAAACAAUGGAAAUCGGUUUGCGAAGACACCGGCGAAAGAGACUUCACUUUGAGACGACGUGGCACAAAAGACUACACCAAUUCCAUCAAGAAGGGUCAGUACUCACACUCACACAACAAAUACGGAUCUUCGAAUCGUAACAUUUCGACAACCGGGAGCAACUCCCCCAACUACAGUGGUUCGGUAUUUGGCGAUUCGGCCAUAGAAGAAGACAUGAGUGUUGAUAAGUAUCCACAGUACAAGCAACAUCUGUCGGCCUACAGCGUCGAUUCUGUCCAUGAUAACUCUCCGCAAACCACUGGUAGCUCGAGAAAGUCCUCCCAGAACGACAAACGAACACCCAGCGAACGAAGUCAAGCCGGGCUGAUCGGAUCGAGGAAAACGUCCGACAAUAGUUUUACAUCACGAGUGGAGAUUAUGGCCGAUGCCGGUUACCGGGGAGCGAUAGUGCGAAAUCCGCUUGCCAAAACGGAAGCGUUACCAAAUUUUAAGUCAACGCACAGUCUGGCUCCGCCCCCCGUAUCAGUGCCACCACAGCAGCUACAUGCGAUUCCAAAACGGCAACAACACAGUCACGUUAAACAGCAGAAUUUGGCUGUAAAUGCACAAUCUAAAACUCCAUAUCCGGAAGAAGGUUACAAUCGAGAUAUUUUCAUUAGCAACAGUCAACCGGACCACUUCUGUUGGCGAAAGUUUUCCCUCAAUUCCGAAGAAUAUUCAACCGAGCUUUAAAAUGCAUAGUUAAGAGUAGUGAUGCGAUCGUAGUUAGACUAGUGAAUACCUCUCAAACUUCGUGUACAUAUUAGUCGAAUCGAUAGAUUUUAGGAUUUCACCUCUACCCGGCAGUCGCAGAGCUGUAUGAAGAAGGAUACAGAUAAAAUGGCCAAACAUAUUUAUUGUAUCAACCUAAAAUCAAAUCUGGUGGGGCUUCUGUUUACUUUUGUACUUAUGUGACAAAUACUUACCCUUGCGGCACUUGUUGGAACACUUGAAUACAUUCCCUAUGUUCGAGUUAUAGGGUUGCAUAUGACUGAUUUAUAGAUGAUAUUGAUUGUUUUGUUAAUGUUCUCCGAUAGUAAGGAAAUUUUUAGGGAACUAUUUGAUAGAUUGCAUACAAAUAUUAAUGGUAUCUCAAUAAUCGAAAAAUUUACGAUACAAUGUAAAUACGAAGCAAAAUAGGAAAUUGAAUAAUGGUAAUAAA